UGCGCACCGUGCGCAAAAGGUUCGUGGAGACCACUGCAGGGCCAUGAAGACGGUGGCGGAUUCUGGGGCCACUGGCAGCAACCGGUGGCCGAAGCUGGGACUGUGCGUCCUCUGCGGCUUGCCGGCGGCCGGGAAGUCGACCUUCGCGCGUGCGCUGGCCCUCCGUCUGCGGCGGGAGCAGGGCUGGGCCACGGGAGUCCUCUCCUACGACGAUGUGCUGCCCCCCGCGUUUCCCGACAGCGCUGGCACACAGCCUCGGUCAUCCCAAUGGAAAAUGUUUCGGCAAGAACUGCUAAAGCACCUGGAAUGCUUCCUCAUGGCACUCAUUAGUGGGGCCCAGAUGUCUGCCCCGCCCAACAAGACGGAAGCCGUGUGGGAAGAUUUUAUAACCUGCUUUAAAAAACAGGACCUGAUCUUUGCUACAGCACCUGAGGCCCAGCCUUGCCACUUCUUGGCUAAACCUGCUGUUUCUAGACCUUUGUUUUUGGUGUUAGAUGACAACUUUUAUUACCAAAGUAUGAGAUAUGAAGUCUACCAACUGGCUCGGAAAUAUUCACUGGGCUUCUGCCAGCUCUUUCUAGAUUGUCCCCUGGAAACGUGUUUGCAGAGAAAUAGUGAGAGACUGCAGCCGCUGCCUAAUGAGACCAUCCUCCUCAUGGAGAGAAAGAUGGAAAAGCCCAACCCUGAGAAAAAUGCCUGGGAGCACAACAGCCUAGUAAUUCAGAGUUCAGCAUGUUCUUUGGAGGCCAGCCCGGAGGUGACCGAUUUGAUGCUUACUGCUUUGGAAAACCCCAUAAAAUGUGUUGAGGACAAUACGGAACAAAAGGAGACAGACAGAAUUACAUGUUCCACUAACAUCCUCCAUAAAGCCGAUGAGACACUCCGAAGAACCGUCUCUCAGACAAUGAAAGAAGCCAAAGAUAGGCAGAUGCCUCUUAAUGACUUGAAGCGUCUAGCAGAAGAACUUAACAAGCUCAAAGCAGACUUUUUGGAAGAUCUAAGACAAGGAAACAGAAAACACCUGUGCGUUCAGCCAACCACUGAUUUACCAGAUGUUAUUUCUUCUUUUUGUGAGAAGAGAGAUGCUAUUGUACAGAUGUACAUUUCACAGCAACAUUAAAUUCUCUGUUUCUAGUCAAAUGUCUGAUUUGGGUAACAAUACACCAUUUUGUAUGAUUGGGUGUUUUCUGG